CGUUGGGCCCGGUUUUCGCUUUACAGGGACAGAUUCCUCGCUCCUUGCGCCCCUCGGGGUGCUACAUAAAUGCAGUUGUCGAUUACAUUCCCGGAAACUCCAGGUUUCAGGAUUUGGGAAGGGGAGAUCUGCGCGGGAAGAAAGAGCCUGGAAUGGGACUGAUUCGCUCAGACGGGGGUGCUGGGUCGUGGCUCCGGCCGGUUCUCUGCCCUCGGCACCUCCCGCGCUGCCUGUUUGUUGACGCGCUGGUGCGAGUUUUCACAGCAGCUCCUGUGGAUAAAGCGGCCUCCCCGCCCCGCCCGCACUCCGUCUCUCGCCGCCCGCCUGCCGUGUGUGACCGGGGCUUGCUCUCUGCCCGCCGGGCUCCUGUAAAUGGCUUCAGGCUCGCACUCGCUCCUGCUCACGGUGGCCUGUCUUCUGCUCGCCUGUGGCGCCAGGGUCCGAGCGCACGGGAAAAUGUUUGUGCUCCAUCCGAGGGAUGGGAAUGCACAAUGGAACAUGUCUUCAGCUGAGGGCCUGUGCAUGGAGCAGGGAGCACGUCUAGCCACGGCUGAAGAGCUGCAGAGAGCUGUGGAGGAGUGUGCGUUCAUGGAGUGUACCACCGGCUGGAUCGCAGCCAACCAGAUUGGGACGACUGUAUGCAGUAACGUGGGCUUCGUUCAAAAAGAAAUCCAAAGUAUCCAUGUGAAAACUGAACCAGCUUCUUCAGGUGGUCGAUAUGAUUCCUUCUGCAUUAAAGACCAAGGUAAACCCUGUGGAGACCCUCCCUCCUUUCCUAACAUCGUACUGCAGGGCUACACUGGGACUGAAAUGGGUGAUAAAUUGCUGUACAUCUGUGCCCAGGGUUAUGUCAUGGCCAGCGGAGAGAAUGCCUUCAGCCUGUUGUGUAAUAGCUGUGGAGAGUGGUACGGGUUUGUCCAAGCCUGCGUAAUAGAUGAAGCUGAAGGGCACAUCGACUAUGAAGACAAGUUCUCCAAUGAAGACUCACUGUCAUUUUCGGACCCUGCUGAAGGGCAAGACCGAGCCCUCCCUGCAGAAGGUGAUGUGGAAGGUCCAGAGGAUGGAUUAGACGAGGCAGCUGAUGGCUCAAUAGGAGAAGGCAGCAGAGGAACAUUGCGACCAACUGUGUCACCAGUCCCUUUACUCAGCCAGAAGCAAGUGCCUUGGUUCCCCUCAGAAUUCCCGGAUAUUGAGCAGUCCAGUACCAGGAAAGCAGAUGUGGAGUCAAAAGUCCUAAUCCCUGCAGGCGAAAAUCAAAUUGCAGUGAAGACUGAAGAUGAUGAAGGAAACCGAACGGGGGAAAAUGAAGACUUGCCCGCUGGACCAUCCAUUGUGCAGAAUGAGACUAAAAUAAGCAAGGAAACAGUAGCUGGGACAAACAGAUCAUGGGUGGAUGGCUACCCUGUUGUAUCAGAAGCAGAGGAAGGUAAGGUUGAUGGAUCCAUGGAAACACAGCAGGAAGCUCUUGUCACCACAGACCAUUCUAACCAUGUGGAGAUCAGGACAGGUGUUCCAAGUAGCACCUUGGCCGAUCAUCACACUCGGCUCACGACUGCACCAACAGGGAUGUCUCACCUAGAUGUUAAACAAGUGGAUGUUGGCCAGACACUAGUACCUGAAAAUAUCAGUGUCAGUAGAGACACUGAGUUCCCCACAACCGCAUGGUCGGGCCGAGUCACUGAAGAGUCAUGGAAAUUCUCUGAUCCGAUUACUGACCCCUCACUACCUCUCACAAACAUCAGAGAAACAGUAAGUGAAGGUUUGCACCCUGCAGACAGAGCCCCAGUGCCUACAGCAGUAGCUGGGGUUUCGACUCACUACAGUCCAGCCACACCUGAAGCAAGUGCUCAGACUCUGAUAGAUUUUUCAGCCCUCGAUGUGUUUGAUGAUUUCACCAGAAGGGGGAACUUCAGUGGUGGGGCUGAGGCCAAGGUGCUGCCGACAGUUGGAAGUUGCAGGGGGGAGAACUGCUCCAGUUCCCAGCAGGGCCCCAUGAUUGCCACGAUUGUCACGGUGGUUGGUUUGCUCACCCUGGCUGUUAUCCUGGCCAUGUGGUGCUACAGGCACAGGCACCAGAAAACAUCUGUGUAUGAGCUGAAUGGGAAGGGACAGGUGAGACAUGGGGAACACAUUGAAAUGCAGCAGAGAGUGUAAGUGGAAGUGUGUUUGUGGAGGGAGACCAACAUUCACAGGGACAUUCACAGCCGGCAUCUCACUGCAACACUGCACACAUUGAAUAUUCAAAGCACCUUUAGAAAUAAGUCAAUGCUACACAGAAGUAUGCCUUAAAUAUGUGGAAUAUUUAAAAAGAACAGUGAGUCGGUCAGUCAAACCUGCACCACAGCUGGAGGGGAAGGUAUCUGAGUGUCUCUGUAGGGGCAACCUCACUGGAUUUGGUGCAGGGACUGGUAGAAAUGAGCUGAGACAUCCCAUGUAGGAG